AUGUCUGAAACAACAACCGUCUCCAACACGGAGAAUCUCAUGAAGUACAUGAACCUCGACCAGCGCGGACGCGUGCAGGCUGAGUACAUCUGGAUUGACUCCGUCGGUGGAUGCCGCAGCAAGACCAAGACUCUCUCCAAGGCUGUUUCGUCCGUUGACGAACUCCCCGAAUGGAACUUCGACGGUUCCUCAACCGGUCAGGCCCCUGGUGACAACUCCGAUGUCUACCUCCGUCCCGUUGCUAUCUACCCCGACCCUUUCCGUCUCGGUGACAACAUCCUCGUCCUUUGCGAGACCUGGGAUUCGGAUGGAACCCCCAACAAGUACAACCACCGCCAUGAUGCCAACCGCCUGAUGGAGGUCAACGCCAAGGAGGAGUUCUGGUUCGGUCUUGAACAGGAGUACACUCUCCUUGGUAACGAUGGCUGGCCUUACGGAUGGCCCAAGGGCGGUUUCCCCGGUGCCCAGGGUCCUUACUACUGCGGUGUCGGAACUGGCAAGGUUUACUGCCGUGACAUCGUCGAGGCUCACUACCGUGCUUGCUUGUACGCUGGCAUCAACAUCUCUGGUAUCAACGCUGAGGUCAUGCCCUCCCAGUGGGAGUACCAGGUUGGCCCCUGCCCCGGUAUCGAGAUGGGUGACCAGCUUUGGAUGUCCCGUUUCCUUCUCCACCGUGUCGCUGAAGAAUUCGGCGUUCGUAUCUCCUUCGAGCCCAAGCCCAUCAAGGGUGAAUGGAACGGAGCUGGUCUCCACUCCAACGUUUCCAACGCCGCCACUCGUGCUGAAGGUGGUAUGAAGGCCAUUGAGGCUUACAUGAAGAAGUUCGAGGCCCGUCACGCUGAACACAUUGCUGUCUACGGUGAGGGUAACGAGGAGCGUCUCACUGGCCGCCACGAGACCGGCAGCAUUGACAAGUUCAGCUACGGUGUUGCCGACCGUGGUGGCAGUAUUCGUAUUCCUCGCCAGGUGGCUAAGGAUGGCAAGGGUUACUUCGAGGACCGCCGUCCCGCCAGCAAUGCUUGCCCCUACCAGAUCACCGGUAUCAUCGUUGAGACUAUUUGCGGUGGCAACUAG